AUGUGGGUGUGCGAGGAACGACUGCAGUUCUUUGCGUGCUUCUUUGCCAAGGUCUUCAUUGCACAGCUGGAGCCCUGGAACCGACACAGCGAUGCUGCCGGGGACUCACGGCCAGGCACUCAACCUCUCAGUGUGACAUUUGUGUGUGACUCGGCCAGCGUUUCUCCCUCAGAUAAACUACUAGUUUUUACUGUAGCAACUAAAGAAACCGAUGGCUUUCACCGUUUCAUGCAAACUGCAAAGCACUUCAACUACACAGUAAAGGUGCUUGGAAAAGGUGAAGAGUGGAAAGGUGGUGAGCUGCCUAACUCUAUUGGUGGAGGGCAGAAAGUUCGACUAUUGAAGGAAGGCAUAGAAAGCUAUGCUGAUCAAGAGGACUUGGUUGUAAUGUUUGUUGAAUGCUAUGAUGUUAUCUUUGCGGGGGGACCUGAAGAACUGCUAAAGAAAUUUCAGGAAGCUAAUCAUAAAGUGGUGUUUGCAGCAGAUGGACUAAUUUGGCCAGAUAAAAGGCUAGCUGACAAGUAUCCUGUUGUCCGGAGUGGAAGACGAUUCCUGAACUCAGGAGGAUUUAUUGGUUAUGCUCCGUAUAUAAAUCGUAUUGUGCAGCAAUGGAAUUUGCAGGAUAAUGAUGAUGACCAGCUGUUUUACACCAAAAUCUAUGUUGACCCAUUGGCAAGGGAACGCAUUAACAUUACUUUGGAUCAUAAAUGUACAAUUUUCCAAACCCUAAAUGGGGCUGUUGAUGAAGUCCUUUUGAAAUUUGAAGAGGGAAAAGUAAGAGCAAGGAAUUCAGUGUAUGACACAUUACCGAUCACUAUUCAUGGAAAUGGUCCAACUAAAAUUCACUUGAAUUAUUUGGGAAAUUAUAUCCCCAAUGCUUGGACACGGGAAACUGGUUGCAGUAUUUGUGAUUUAGACUUACUAGACCUGUCAGCUUUAACGGAAUAUCCAAGAGUAAAAAUUGGUGUUUUCAUUGAACAACCCACUCCUUUCCUACCUAAAUUUUUAGACAGACUGUUGACUCUGGACUACCCAAAGGAGGCACUCAGUAUCUUCAUUCAUAAUAAUGAGGUUUACCAUGAAAAACACAUCAAGAAAUUCUGGGAAAAAGCCAAGAACAUUAUCGGAAAUAUAAAAAUUGUUGGACCUGAAGAAGAUCUGAGUCAAGCAGAAGCCCGGAACAUGGGAAUGUAAAUUCUAAUUUAUAAAUCUGUUAUAAUGAUGCAUUUGCUAACAUUUUUUCAUCUUUUAUGUAUUUUAUAUACAUAACAACUAACAACUUUACAUCUUAAGAUACAAAUAUGGGAGCUUUUUUUGAGGAACAAGAUCUAGAUAUAAGAUAUGAACUGUUGAGUAUUUUGUGUCUAAUAUAAAAAGCUUGUUGGGCAUUGUGAAAAUAUCUCUCUGGUUUGA